AUGUAUUCUUUCGGGAAUCUAAAAAGCCGGACCGCCAUCCUCAGACCUCUGCUGCUGGCUGUGCUGGUUAUCCACUGGAGUUCUGCUGAAAGAGUGGCAGAUGGCUGUUCUGGCCAGUGCUCCUGCCCCCCCUCCCCUCCCUCUUGUCCAGUGGGUGUGAGUCUGGUCCUGGAUGCCUGUGGCUGCUGCAAGGUGUGCGCCCAGCAGUUUAACAAGGACUGCGGCCCCGACCGGCCGUGCGACCACAUUAAGGGUCUACGCUGCCACCUAGGGGCCGGAGGAGACCCGCAGCGAGGCCUGUGCAGGGCGGAGGCACAGGGGCGGCCGUGCGAAUUCGGUGACCGCGUGUACCAGCACGGCGAGGAUUUCCAGCUAAACUGUCAGUACCAGUGUAGCUGUAUGGAUGGCGUGAUUGGCUGCAUGCCCCUCUGCCCGCACCAGGUGCCCCUCCCUGACUGGCGCUGUGCCAACCCUCGGCUGGAGAAGCCGCCAGGUCGCUGCUGCGAGCGGUGGGUCUGCGAUGACGGUAACCACAUCAACGAGGAGGACGAAGAGCCCCCCCGAAGCGCUCUGCCCAAUUACAUCAGCACACAGCUCCAAACGCAGAGAAACUACCAUGCCAACAGCGAUGUCACCUUCCAAGAGUGGGCGUCUCAGCCCAUCUCCCGCAUGCCGUUGGUCGAGUGUCUGCUGCAGACGACCGAGUGGUCAGAGUGUUCGUCCACCUGUGGGUUCGGCAUCUCCAGUCGCGUCACCAACAACAACCCAGACUGCCGCUUAGUCCGGGAGACACGACUGUGUCAGAUCAGAGAAUGUGACACAGCUCCCGUCAUCAAAAGGGGGAAGAAGUGUCGGCGUGCAGUUAGACCUCGAGAACCAGUGCAGAUAUCGUUUGCUGGCUGCACCACGGCCCGACGAUACCGGCCGCGUUCGUGCGGGUUGUGCCUGGACGGGCGAUGCUGUCGUCCCACCCAGAGCCGUACGGUUCACCUUCGUUUCCACUGCCCAGACGGAGAGAGCAUCACACGCAGCAUGAUGUGGAUCCAGCGCUGUCGCUGCAGCAAAAGCUUCUGCUCCGCCCACAAAGACAACUCCGCCCCCUCGGUCAGCCUUCAUACUGACAUCCACACAUUCACACACUGA